CGGAUCUCUGAGUUCAAGGCCAGCCUGGUAUACAGAGUGAGUUCCAGGACACUCAGAGCUACACAGAGAAUAAGUCUAAUCUUGACUCAAAUAAUAUCUAAGCAACUGCAACCUAGAAUUAUCUUAGAGAAAAGUCUGCAGAAGCUUUAUAUACAAACAUUUGAAAUAAAAACUCCUACAACAGGAAAAUGAUUAAAUGAAAUGUAUGCCCAUAUUAUGGAAUCCUGUCAGGAAUAAUAGCAACAAAACAUUAAUAGAUAUGCAAAUCUCCAGUUCCAAUAGGAUCCCACACUCCUUGUCUUUCAGAUAUUAGGCAAAGCCUCAGGUUAAGUCUUCCUCUAGAACGUCCAAAAAACAAGACUUGUCAAUUCAAGACGGAACUAACGUCCUGCAUUGCGACGCGCUUCCGGGAGGCGCGUGAAGCAGCGGUACCGCGUUGUAAACGUCAUUUCCUCCCGGAACCCGGAUAAAGAAGUACACAGAUUACUGUCACUGCUCGCAGUCGCCGCACUAACAGCAGACAUGGCUCUGCCGCCCUUCUUUGCCCAGGGCCGCCAGGGGCCGCCGCCCCCGCAGCCACCGCCUUCCGCUCCAUUCGGCUGUCCGCCCCCGCCGCUGCCCUCCCCAGCUUUCCCGCCGCCUCUUCCCCAGCGUCCCGGCCCCUUCCCGGGGACGUCUGCCCCGUUCCUGCAGCCUCCGCUGGCACUGCAGCCCCGAGCCCCGGCCGAGGUCUCCCGCGGGGGCGGGGGCAGCACCUUCUUCCCGGUGCCGCCCCCACCACUGCCGCCGCCGCCGCCGUGCCGGCCCUUCCCGGGGCCCGACGCCGGCGAGCGUCCGCGGCCACCGCCUCCAGGCCCGGGGCCGCCUUGGAGUCCUCGCUGGGCUGAGGGGCCGCCGCCGCCCGACGUUCUCGGGGACGCGGCCCUUCAACGCCUGCGCGAUCGGCAGUGGCUGGAGGCGGUGUUCCGGAACCCCCGGCGGCCGGACGGCCCGGGACCCCGGGGCACGCCUGCCGGGCCCAGCCUGGGCGAAGUGCGCGCGCGGUUGCGAGCGGCGUUGCGCCUGGUGCGGCGGCUGCGCAGCCUAGGGCAGUCCCUGCGCGAGGCCGAGGCCGACGGAGCGGCCUGGGCCUCCCUGCACGCUCAGGCGGCGCCCCUGCGAGCGGAGCUAGCCGAACGACUGCAGCCUCUGGCCCAGGCUGCCUACGUGGGCGAGGCGCGACGGAGGCUGGAGAGAGUCCGUCGCCGCCGGCUGCGGCUUCGUGAGAGGGCCCGGGAACGCGAGGCUGAGCGGGAGGCGGAGGCAGCUCUGGCCACCGAACGCGAGCAGGAGAUUGACCGCUGGAGGGUGAAGUGCGUGCAGGAAGUGGAGGAAAAGAAGCGGGAACAGGAACUCAAAGUGGCUGCUGAUGGGGUCUUAGCUGAAGUAAGGAAAAAACAGUCGGAUACCAAAAGAAUGGUGGACAUUUUGCGAGCUUUAGAGAAAUUGAGGAAACUGAGGAAAGAAGCUGCAGCAAGGAAAGGGGUCUGCCCUCCUGCUUCAGCGGAUGAGACUUUUGAGCACCAUCUUCAGCGGCUAAGAAAACUCAUUAAGAAGCGCUCUGAACUGUAUGAAGCUGAAGAGAGAGCCCUCCGAGUCAUGCUAGAAGGAGAACAAGAGGAAGAGAGGAAGAGAGAACUGGAGAAGAAACAGAGGAAAGAGAAAGAGAAACUUUUACUUCAGAAACGUGAAAUCGAGUCCAAGUUAUUUGGAGAUCCAGAUGAGUUCCCACUUGCUCACCUCUUGCAGCCGUUUCGUCAGUAUUACCUCCAGGCUGAGCACUCCCUGCCUGCGCUCAUUCAGAUAAGGCAUGAUUGGGAUCAAUACCUCGUGCCGUCUGAUCAUCCUAAAGGCAACUCCGUUCCCCAAGGAUGGGUCCUUCCCCCACUCCCCAGCAACGACAUCUGGGCAACCGCCAUUAAGCUGCAAUAAGACGCCAGGAGUGUGGUCCAGCCAGCAAGCACUGCAGCCCUAGAUAUUGGUGAUGCUGUC